GGAACUUGUCAAUAUCGCUGUUGGCGGGCUGAGUCGGAAAACAUACCGAGUGAGAUAUUGGUUGCGCUUGGCCGACUCGAUGCGACCGAUUUUUGAACAUGCCUCGACCUAAAUACCAGCCGGCCAACGCGUUGAAGAUCCUCGAGAAGAGACGACGGGAACCCUCACCGGAAAUCGCCGCUGAGGGGAAGAAAAUUCGCGUGGAGAGCACGGAAAACGAAGCCGCUGAACGCCAUUCGCCGUCCCCGCUCACGAUUCCAUCUACAUCGACACUCGAAAACGAUUCGCCUAUCGUUUCGGAGGCGCCUUCGGUCGAACCUUUCACGGAGGACGACCUCAAUAAAUUCAUCACAGAAUGGCCAGGAAUACCACCCGAGGAACACGAUGCGAUCUUAUAUGGAGUCUACGAAUCUGCCGUACAAGGCGUAGGCUUCCAUGAUAGUAGUAUAGCCGAGAUCUACAGUUUCUUCAUAGACACAAUACCGAUCCGGGGCCAGAAAACUCAGGGUAGUGCCUAUGUCGCUUUCUGCAGUUGUCAAAAAGCGAAGCUCUUCGAUGUCAGCGAGAAGAUUCUCAAAUCCUUGAUAAGAUCGAUGCGACUUGCGUUGACCCAUCCACUGCACCCUGACGAUGUUCUCUUUCUCGUGAACAAAAUACCCGAGUAUCCUGUGCGAUUCGCUUCUCUCAUAGAAGUACUCGAGUCGGAGAACCACAGUGUGCGCCUGGAUCAUCUUAGAAUUCCGGAUGAUGCGAAGGUGCUGGAAUCAACCAGUGAGUCUGUGCCUGUGGGCUUCAGGAAUGCCUUGGAUCUCCUGGAAAACGUCCACCGAGUGGAUGUCAAACGACGAGACCUUAUUCAUCAGGUGAAAAUGAUCCUUGACCACAUCUUCAAAUCUCGCCGUGACUUGCUCUGGACGCACGGCCGUCCUCUCGCCAAAAUCAUUCAGAAGCUACAAUAUUGUCCGGAGUCAGCCAUCGGAGCGAUCAAAUAUCUGGCGGACUUUUCCUCGGGGAAUAAGGACACCGAAACGAAACGUCGUUUCUCUGCUUACGCGCUGAGUUUGGUUUUCCUCAGUCACUUGGACGUGUUGUCUCCUCGUGUUAUUGGCGAACUAAGAGAGAUUAUUGAUUUGAUUUUCCGCGCUUCAUUGCCCGGUACUCGGAUGGUGAAGGACAUCUUGGGCGCAUUCAAAGAGCUUCAUCGCAAUUCCCGUUAUGGCUCCUGCUCAGCAGAGGAGGAAUCGAUUCACAACCUCAUCAUGGAUAGAGUCAUGGAGAUUAUCAAGCACGCGAUUACCUACGGGGAGCAGCUCGAAAUCGUCAAGUUCCUGGAGGAUUUGGGCGAUUGUUCCAUACCGAACGAUCUGUUUUUGUGUCUAUGCGAGAAAUCAGAGGGUCCCGGCAUCAUAAACCGCAUCUGCGCGCUGUUGCUCGCCGGCGAUAGACCCGCGAGGGAUAAGAACAUUCGGGCAGCCAUCAAGAAACAGGUGGAGCGACUACCCCUCAACAACCAAGUCGUCCGGAACGAAUAUCCGCACUUAUACCAGUACAUGCGCAAACCCAAAGUUUGA